AUGCAGGAUUUAAAGGGAUUGUCAUCGAUUUGCAUUAACUUCUUUCACAAGUCAGUCAAGGACUGGUUGGUUGAGGAGUCUGCUUCGAGGCAAAAGAAGUUUAUUGUUAGCGGAAAAAAAUGUCAUCGCAUCAUUUCAAAGCUUUGCAGAGAUGAACUAGAUGAAUUGAAACUUAAAGGGAUCCAGAGUUCAACACUGAAACAGACGUCGAGGUAUGCCUUGCAGCAUGGUGUUCAGCAUAUACUUGAGGUAGAAGAGAAUGCUCGUCCAUGUAGCCUGGACGACAUUGUAAAGAAUUAUGUCUUGGACCUAGAAUUGGUCUAUGCAAAGCUAAUUGUGAAGAGUACAGCAGCCAUUGAAGAUGUUCUUUGCGUACAAGAGAAGGAAAAUACAAAUGGUCUGUCAAAGAAUUGCAGAGAAGCCCUUGAGACGUUAUUGUUGCUGUCGCGGAAGCAUUUAAGUACUCUUUCAAAACUUCCUUAUGCCAUCUUUCAAAUUUUGUUGAAUGAAGGAGGACCUGAACUGUCUGCGGAGGCAUUAAGCUUGCUAAACACCAAGUAUGCGGACUUACCAUAUAUGGAAUAUUUGCGAAAGAAGGAGGAAAGAACAGAUGUUCUACUGCAGUUUGUUGCUUCAGAUGAGGUGAUCUCCUUUGAUGUCUCACCAAAUCAGGACUACCUGGUAUGCGAGUGUGGGAAUGAGACAAUUCAUCUGUGGUCGCUCCGUACUGGCCAGCUAAUGUGGACACACUCUGUGCUGUUAUCUGGUAGAAACACUCGUUUUGGGCGGUACGCAAUGACACGUUUUUUUAUAAAAUUUUUCCGGUCAGUAGUUUUCCAUCCAACCUUAGACCUGAUCUUACAAGGGACUCUGUGUUGGGGUUAUACCUUGGUCGGAGACGUGAAACCUCUUUUCCGUUCGAGCGAGUGCCGGUUCAAAGUUUGUUCAAUAUCUGGUGACAAAAGCACGAUGCUGACUGACUGUCUGGACCAGUGGAAUUGCGUCAUCCAGUGGAGUCUAAAAGAUGGAAGUGAAAGUAGUCGUUUUACACACAAAUGCAAAAUUUUAUCUUUUGCUUGGUCUGCUAGUGGAAGACGGAUGGUGAUCCUGGAUUCUGACAAGUGCGCAUACCUCAUUGACAUGAAUGAUGGAGUUGAGACUCUAAUAUGUGCUUCAGUCUCGUCACGAUAUGUUAAGUUAACUCCUGACUGCCGGUUUUUUUUCUGUUUACUUUGGGAUGAACGUCAUCGGUAUCCGAAGCCCAAGCUUUUUUGUUUAGAUAUUGACAGGAACACUAAGUCAAUGUAUAGUUUAUGUUGCAUUUUUGGGACGAGUUCUUACCAGUACGCCUCGGAAUUUGAAACUUGCAAUGAGAGUGGUUUCCUAUCAGGAGAUCCCUUUUGGUAUCCAUCUGGAGGAAUAUUAUUAUCUGUGGAUUUUGCACUUGUACUAGAAAAGCAGAUGUUACUAAGAGUUUCCCUUCACAGUGAAGUGAUUGAAAUGUGUCGCCUUAAUGACGUAAGGGAGUGGAGAGGUGAGAGUAGCGAUGAAGCGGGACUAAGCAUAGAACCCGGUGACAUUACGACAGAGAGAACCGAAAAUAACGAUCUAACGGAACAUAACCUACCAGAAAUCAGCCAUAUGCUGGAACAGAAAGCUGAAAUCGAUGUUCUGUCAGGACAGAGAGCUGAAGUUGCUGAUCCAUCAGAACAGAGAGCUGAACUCGGUGGCCUAGUUGAACAGACAAUGGAACGUAACAACUCUACGGAAAAGAGAGAUGAACUUGAUGACUUUGUGGGAGAACGAACGGAAUUUAAUGACCCACCAGAAAAGAGGUUCAAACUCGAUGAAACCUCAGAACGAUUGGAAACUGAUCCAUACCUCAUUGACAUGAAUGAUGGAGUUGAGACUCUAAUAUGUCCUUCAGUCUGGUUACCAUAUGUUAAGUUAACUCCUGACUGCCGGUUUUUUUUCUGUUUACUUUCGGAUGAGGAUGAACAUGAUUGGGAUUCGGAACCCAAGCUUUUUUGUUUAGAUAUUGACAGGAACACUAAGUCAACACAUAGUUUGGAUUGCAUUUUUGGGACGAGUUCCUACCAGUACGCCUCGGAAUUUGAAACUUGCAAUGAGAGUGGUUUCUUACUUGGAGAUCCCUUUUGGUUUUCGGAUACAAAAGGAUUCCCACCUGGGGAUUUUGCACUUGUACUAGAAAAGCAGAUGUUACUAAGAGUUUCCCCUCACAGUAAAGUGAUUGAAAUGUGUCGCCUUAAUGACGUAAGGGAGUGGAGAUGUGAGAGUGGCGAUGAAGCGGGACAAAGCAUAGAACCCAGUGACAUUACGACAGAGAGAGCCGAAAAUAACGAUUUAACGGAACAUAACCUACCAGAAAUCAACAAUAUGCCGGAAAACGGUUUUGUUCAAAUUGAUUACUUUGAAUCAGCAGUUAGGGUUUAUUUCUCUGUUGAUGGUGACUCUCUUUAUACUGUGACAGGUGGAGGGAUCCAGACAAUAAAUCCUGUGGCUGGCGAUGUUUUAAGUGAAAGGAUUAGAAAAAAGGAAUGUAUGAUUCUUGCACGGUCUGUACGUGUUGUGCCCGUCAAAAGAGGUGUCCUAUUUCAAACAAAUAGAGGCUCGCUUGAGUUGUGGAACUCUGAGUUGUCUGUUUGCAUGAAAAGGUGGACUGUGUUUCCUAUCUAUGAUGUUGUACCCUUAUCAGAGGAACGAGUCGCCUUGGCAACGGAGAAUGACUUUGAUGAGAGACAGGAAGUCACCAUUCUAGAUACAACGAGUGAAAAAAUUGUGUCAAAGAUUUCAAAUUUUGAAGGUGAAUUUUUGGCAUGUAAUAAUAAAUGGGAAGUGCUAACCACCACUGAUGGAGAGUCACUGCAGCUGUGGCGUGAAAACCGAGUGCUUUGGGAAACUUCAAAUAUGUUCAUUCCAUUUGGCCUUCCAAGUGCUAUUUUUUCUCCUACUGAAGAAAACGUCGUCACUUGUGGUGUAACUGGCUCUUACGUCCUCGACGCAGUUUCGGGAAAAGUGAUUCGUCAAUUGGAGAACAUGGAUUUAGGUGAUAUUAAGUUUAUCAGUAACGAGGACUGCAUUGUGGGCUUGAAUGAUUCAAGAGGUUUCUGUCUUCGAUUAUACAACGUUAAAUCUGGUGAUCUCCUCAGUGAAAUUGUAGAAGAACGACUAUUUCAAAGUUUUGCAGUUUGUCCUCGUAAGCGCUUGGUCGCAAUUUGCUUUAGACACUCCGAGGACCCUUUUGAAAUCAUUCAAGCGAAGCUGCCAGGCGAUAAAGAAAAGACAAACAUCGAAAGGUCAGUUGAAACAAAGUUUAUUUGAAGACAGAAAAAGACUAAUGUGGAUAAUAAUAUAAUGUCAAU